UGUUAUAAUUGGACAACAACUUACCGUUAGCCAGCUAUAGCUAUGUAGCUUUUUGUCAGUACACGGUACUCUGAUUGAGACUUGUUGCUAUCAUCGGUCGGCUUGUACACAUAGCUGUUGUAUUGGAAUCUCUUGUUGAGAUGGAUAUUUUAAGGGACGAUGGAGAGCAUCCGUUGAAAUACAAACGUGCGGGCCGCCUGGAUAUGAGCCACGGCUUCCUGCACCAUAUCCGGAGAAACCAGAUUGCUCGUGACGACUAUGAUAAAGAAGUGAAGCAAGCAAAAGAGCUCCAGCGACGGAGGCACACCACAACCCCCCGGAAACCCCGUCGACCCGACAUCCAAGUGUACCAUCCUCGACGGAGACAUGGAUCAGAGCCGGGGGCUGGUGCUGACGCUGAAGAGUGGAAUGAGAGCGGGUCAAGCACAGAGACGGAGACGCAUGGGACUAAACUGUUCUGGCUUGACUAUCAGGCAGACUGUGGCACCGUUACGUCCUUCCUUGUGCACAAGGGGGAUAAGCCUGAAAAGGUUGUAGAAUGUGUUUCAGAGAAGAACAUCCUGGAUUCAGCCAUGAGGGCAGCUCUGGAAGCUCGAAUUCGAAAGGAAAUUGAUAAAAGACGAGACAAGCGCUGAAUGAAAAAACUGUGAUUAUGAUAUGACAGGUUGCUACAGACACAGAGGAGCACUGAUUGAUUUACACUUCUGUGCUCCUUCAUAGCAUUGAUAUUGUUAUGUGUUCGGCAUAAUGAGGACUCUGGGAACACGUAUAGUUACUGUCAGCAGAGACCUAAUGUGAUGACACAGAGUCAUCUAAAGGGGAAGAGAACUGCACUGAUCACAGACAGUAUCGCUGGGUGGCAACUGUGAGAUUUUUGUUUAUUCUUUUUUUUUUGUGAAAUGUUACAUCAUACCUCACUUCACAUUACUGGGGACUUGUAGUGUACACAUUCAACUUGACUGGACCUGGGGAAAUGUGUUGUAGGUCUCUUAACAGUGAGAGCUACAGUGUAAGACUUUUACAUGUCAAUGAACAUUCAAGCCUUCACAGCGCGUUCACGGUGCUGAUUAAGAAACGCAACAGCAGUUUAAUGUCGGUACACCUCAUACUGGAACUUAAAAACCUAGUGUCUGUAGUGACAUUCCUGUGCGGGUGCACCAGUAGUGAGGCAUUUUACGUGAACCAGCAGUGGUUGUUUGAUGAGGAGGGGCGUCACCGUGGAACACAGCGUUACUAAUGUAACCAAGGUUCUCUAGAUUCACCAUCCCUGGCCAUCAGGAAGAUAUAGAACCCAGGAGCCGUCCAAGAAAAGUUUCUGAUGCCCCAAAUCAAAAAGAAAUUCGACAACCAGAGCAGGGUAUACCAUUGGGAGAGUGCACGCCGGCAGUGGUUGUGCUACUCUCACUGACAGAUGGGGCACAGUGACAAAUGUUCCUUAACUACAGUUUUAAAACCAGGGUAGGCAGAAAACCUGUAACUGCAAACCAAACCUGACAGAGCUAUCAAUGUAAAGUCACUGCCUGUGUUUAGCGUAGACACUCAUAAUCUGCUUUUAGCGUAAACGACUGAAACAACCACUACAACGCAUUUAGAUGUGAGGAUUAGGCGAAAGUAGGAUGGCAGCUUAUCUUUCUCCAGAAGAGGAAUGGUUAGCUCGAAAUCCAACGUAAGGCUGAUGUAGCUUUACAGAUCUCGAAAUGAGUUUCAUUGCAUGUAUUGUGAAACUCUUUAAAGUCCGUCUCCAUUUUCUUUUCUGUUUUUUUUUUUGGUUGCUCUACAGUGUUGGCAGUUGUAGCCAGUGCUGGAUGAGACAUUUUUCGAGCCAGGUUUUCCACCACCCGAGUGAUGCAUGCAUAUCUACUUUUGUACAUCAACUCUGUAUUCGAGCCAACAGGGGUGCCCACCCUCUGAAAAGACCUCUGAGACACCUUGGAUUACAACAUGCAGAAAGGUUAUUUUUAAAACCUUUCUCCUCAACGGGACAUUGGUCUUGUGUUUACAAAGAUCUCACUUUUCUGGACAACAUGUAAACAUUUUAGUGAACAUUAAUUAGCCUGUCUGUGAUGUAUCGUGUUUAGAAAUGUAAAAAAAAAAAAAAAAAAAAUUUAGUUUGAUAUUGAUUCGGAGAGUCUUGUAGAUGUGGCAGCAAUGCUAAUGUUGGCGACAGUGUAUCAUUGUUUUCAAUGUGCUAAUUUAUUUGGGGUCCUUGAGACAUUUCUUUUUUAUGAUGUAAUAUUUUUUGAGAACGUUUUACAUAUAAAGAGACAUUAACAUAAAAAGCCAUUCAUUGCUGCAGAAUUGUGUCUGGAUGUGAAACUGAACAGUCAUAAAAUGUGUGUGUUUUCUAUUAUUUUUACAA